GACGGUGGGACGUUCGACAAACACCUCGCAAGGGCUGUUGGUGGCUUUUCCGGGAGGGGGCAUUUCGCAUUUCUAAUACAUUUGCGAAUCGACGGAUGAUUGCGAAAAAAGGAGAACGACCAGCAAGAAGGCCAGAACUUGAAAAUGACCAAGAUCACGGACUGGCGUAAAAUCCCCGUGUCAUUAAACGAACUUUGCAUUGCGACCACCCUCCGCUGCGGGCAGUCCUUUCGCUGGCGGCAAUGCGACGACCAAACCUGGGCCUGCACACUUCGAGGGCGCAUUGUACAAUUGUCACAGGACACUUCGCAUUUACACUACCGAUCAAUAUGGCCCGCAGCCAUCGAGACGCCUCCAACUCCUCCAUCGUCCAUUCCACCCAGCGCAGCCCACGAUGACCCCGAGACCGCCGAACUCGACGACACCAAGAGCUUGAUCAUGCACUAUCUGAACCUCGAACCGAAUCUCGAAACGCUGUACGCACAAUGGUCGGCAUCGGACGCAAACUUCAAGAAGAAAGCACCCAAGUUCACGGGUGUGAGGAUCUUGCGGCAAGACGCCUGGGAAGCUCUGAUCGGGUUCAUCUGCAGCAGCAACAACAACAUCAUCCGCAUAUCACAGAUGGUGGACAAACUAUGCACACAUUAUGGCAAAUACAUCGGUACGCUGGACGGCCGAGCGUACCAUGAUUUCCCGGACCCGUCUGCGCUGGCGGGCAAGAAUGUCGAAACACAUCUAAGAGAACUGGGAUUCGGGUAUCGGGCAAAAUACAUUUCUCGAACGGCCCAAAUUGUGGCCAACGAGCGUGAACAGGGCUGGCUCGAUGGGCUACGCAACCCGGAAAGUCCGGCCUAUGGUCGCAAGGCGUCACCUGGAGGGGAAGUCAAGCCCGAAGGUCGCGACGGGUAUCGCGAAGCUCAUGAGAAAUUGCUCGAGUUACAGGGCGUCGGCCCCAAGGUCGCGGACUGUGUAUGUCUCAUGGGCUUGGGCUGGGGAGAGGCCGUGCCGGUGGAUACUCAUGUCUGGCAGAUAGCGCAGCGGGACUACAAGUUCGGUCGGGGGAAGCAUAGCAGUCUCACAAAGGCCACGUAUGAUGCUGUGGCCAACCAUUUCCGCAAGUUAUGGGGCAAAGAGGCCGGCUGGGCGCACAGUGUCUUAUUCACUGCUGAUCUGAGGACGUUUGCGGAACGGUUGACGACCAAGGUUGAACGGAGCGUCGACGAUGCGAAUGAAGAAAAAACACAGACUCCAAAGCUUGAGCCUCGCGGCGGCCCCAAAGAGAAGAAGGCCGUACAGCGAGUGGCAGUGAAGCGGGAGUUCGAGCAGGAUGAACCGAAGAAAACAGUCGUAGAGGUCGAGGAGAUGGCUGUGACGAGUAGCGAGCGGGUCAAACGGCGACGACGAGGUGUAUAACUAUUGUAACUCAUGAGAUGAAACGAAGAGACGAAGGCACAUGCGAUGCGAAACGGCCGUUUGAAAUAUCAUAAAACACGAAUAGCCCCAUUGCGACCAGGAAGAACGAGGCUGUGCCUCGUCAAGCAUCAUUGGACUACGCGUUGCAGCGCGUUUCAGAAGAAAAUGUUCAUUUUACUGUGGAGGCUCCAAUGCCACGAUAUCAUACGAGGCUAGGAACGAUUGUAGUGUACUACGCCGAAAUUGUGGGCGCGUUGGUGUCAGUUGAGGGCAAGUGCCGGUCCAAUUCAACACCCCUGAAUCCUGACGGCCUCGACUGCUGUCAACUGCAACACUUUUAACAUUGUUUGAUGUUGCGGAAAAGGAGAGGCUUGUGCUAGGCACACAUCAUGUGCGUUCUAGUCUUCGAUCCGAUUGUGUUGAUAAGUGGACUAUUUUGCGCUGAAAAUCGACACAACAAAGCGGGCGAUUGAAGAUCGGAACAGAAAGCCAAAUGGUUGAUAAACUGCUGCCCAAGACCUACAUAGUUGAAUGGUGGUGAUGCACCCUACCGUCGAUACGACAAUUCGCGUCGUUGUUAAAUUCGAUGAUGCAGUCUUCCGUCUGAAGUGCCUGG